AUGUCGAACCCCUUGAACUACACCAUUGGCUGGAUCUGCGCAACCGAGACCGGAUUCAUCACCGCACAAGCCUUUCUCGACAAAACUCAUCCUCGUCACAGCCCACUCUCCAAAAUAGACACCAACACCUAUGUCCUAGGUUCCAUGGGAAACCACAGCGUUGUCAUCACGGUUCUGCCCCCAGGGAAGGCCGACGCAGUAAAUGCUGCCAGGACUGGAACCCUUUUGCGCCGUAGUUUUGUCAAUGUUGAGGUUACCUUGUUCAUUGGCACCGCCGGCGGUGCACCCACUAGAAAGAAUGAUAUUCGUCUUGGAGAUGUUGUCGUUAGUGUUCCAGAUCAUGGCCACACGGGCGUUUUUCAAUGGGACUUUGGUAAGGCGAUUCAAGGUCAGCCCUUUUUGAAUACGAGGGUUUUGAAACCACCACCGGAGAUUCUUCUGCAGGCUGCGAGUGAACUAGAAGCAAAGUACAAAAAGACUGGGUCUCAGCUUCAACAAUAUAUCGAUACUGUUUUGCUUACGCAUCCAGAGCUGCGGAAGGGAGGCUACGAGCGUCCUAAGAAUAGUUCCGACCGGCUUUACCUCCCGCAAGUGGUCCACCCAGCCGGUGACGACUUCAACUGUGCCGAAAGUUGCGGCAGUAGUCCUGCAAAAUUAAUCCAGAGAGGCCCAAGGAGCGAAAGAGAGAGCGAUCCUUGUAUUCACCAUGGUCUCAUCGCCUCCGGGAACACUUUCAUCGACAGGGCCAAAUUCAGAGAUGAGCUUGUGGCAAAAAAUGGCGUUCUAUGUUUCCAGAAGGAGGCAGCUGGGUUGAUGAAUACACUGCCUUGCAUGGCCAUCUGCGGAAUCAGCAACUAUGCAGAUACGCAUGUGAACAAGGAGUGGGAGGCCUAUGCGGCUAUAGCGGCGACUGCAUAUGCCAAAGAUAUACUCCAAUGUGUCCCGCCAUUCCAUGUUGCGGAUCGAAUCCCCAUCUCAUUCGCAUCAUGCAGCAUUCCCAUGAAGAUCAAAGCCAGUCUUCCCGACAAGCUGAACGCCAUCCGCCAAGCCGGCUUCGACGGAAUUGAGCUUUCCAUGCCCGACAUCAUCAGCUAUGGGGAACUUCUCAGCGGAUCACAGCCGAAGGAGGAUGAUUACGAUACGCUCGCCGAUGUCGGAAAGCAGAUUAAAUCCCUGACGGAUGAGCUUGGAUUGAAGAUUAUGAUGUUGCAGCCUUUUGCCAAUUUCGAGGGGUGGGAGAAGGGAACACACGAUAAAGAGAGACAACAAGCUUUUGAUAAGGCGAGGGGAUGGAUGAAGAUUAUGGAUGCUGCUGGUAUCACGUUACUCCAGGUCGGAUCAUCUGAUUCAGAAGGCAUCUCAUCCUCCUUCGACGAUCUAGCCUCCGACCUUGCUGAACUAGCAGACCUCCUCGCCGAAAAGAACUACAGCAUCGCCUACGAAAACUGGUGCUGGGCCACCCACGCCCCAACCUGGAAAGACGUCUGGCAAAUCGUCCAAAAGACCAACAGACCCAACGUUGGUCUCUGCCUCGAUACCUUCCAAACAGCCGGUUACGAAUGGGGCGACCCCACUACAACGGACGGCCUUACUGUUUCCUCCAGUUCCGAAGAGCGACAAAAGCGCUGGGAAGAAAGUCUCAAAGAACUAGCCGCUACUGUUCCCGCGGAUAAGAUCUACCUGCUUCAAAUUUCUGACGCGUACAAGAUGGAUCCUCCGAUUGAGGAUGUCAAGGAUCAGUCUGGAGCCAGACCACGGGCGAGGUGGAGUCAUGAUUAUAGGCCUUUGCCGUGUGAUGGUGGGUAUUUGCCCGUGCAGGACAUGGUCGCUGCGGUUUUGAAGACUGGGUUUAGAAGUUGGUUGAGUGUGGAGGUUUUCGAUGGGCUUGAGGGCGAGAAUACGGAUAUGAAUGAGUAUACGAAGGAGGCUGUCGAGUCUGUUAAGAAGUUGAUUAACUAUAGCGAGUAA